AUGAAAGCCCUGGUCAGAGCUUACUUUGUGGAAGCAAUAUGGUUCAACACAAAGUAUGUGCCAACAUUUGAAGAAUACUUGGAGAUUUCUGUGAUGAGCAGUGGAUACCCUAUGCUUUCUGUUCAAGCUCUUGUAGGUUUAGAAGAAGUAGCAACUAAGGAAGCCUUCGAUUGGGCUAUUAGUGUUCCCAGAAUCCUCAGGUCUUCUGCCUUAAUUGCUCAUCUCGUUGAUGACAUCCAUACUUACAAGGUUGAGGAAGAGAGAAGGGAUGCGCCAUCAGGAGUGCAAUGCUACAUGAAAGAUCACAAUGUGUCCGAGGAAGAAGCAUGCAAGAAAAUAAAAGAAAUGGUGGAUAUUGCAUGGAAAAAUAUUAAUGAAGAAAUUCACGAACCAAACCAUCCUCCUUUGCUGCUGCUUCUUCCAUCUCUAAAUCUAGCUCGAAUGAUGGAGGUGUUAUAUCAAAAUGGAGAUUGUUACAUGUAG